AAGUCUCUUUACGGCAGUGGGGGCCAGUUUAGAUGAAUGCUGUCGAGUGACCCUCUAUUGACGACCUGCGCGUGGCACAAAGUCGGUACGCUGAAAUGGUGAACCUUUUCCUCUGAAAUCCAGAUCAAGCGUCUCCGGCGCCUACCGCUAUUGCUUUGUUCAAAGUCGGCCGCUUAGUGCGAGUGUGACGAGCCGAAGCGGACAGUAAUGUAUCUUUGUGUGGUGGCUUCUUUACUACUAAUUGUAACCGCGAGGGAAACAGAAAGCGUAUCGCCCUGCCCCGUCAAAAGCUUCAUCUGGGGUCCCGGACUGAACCCGAAGAUUGUACUUCCUGCCCGCUACUUCUACGUGCAGACUGUCGACUCCCUGGGACACAACUUUACCUCCUCACCCGGCGAGAAUGUCUUCCAAGUCAAGAUUUUUGCUCCUGGAGAGCAGCAUUCAAGAAUUUGGGUGCAAGUGUUGGACAGAAAAGACGGCUCUUUCAUUGUCCGUUAUCGGAUGUAUGCAAGUUACCAGAAGCUCCAGAUUGAGGUAAAGGUGAAGGAUGUGCACGUUGCAAAGUCACCUUACGUUCUGGAAGGGCCUGUUUAUCACGAAAGCUGUGAGUGCCCUGAAAGCCGCCCUUCAGAAUGGCUGAGACACAUGAAGUGCCCCAAGAGCAUACCUCAAAUCCAGCACGAUUUACAGCUUUUCCAAACAGUCGAUCUGGACAGAAUUGCCAAGGAAAUACCCAGCAGGUUCGGGCAGAGGCAGAGCUUAUGUCACUACGUCAUCAAACAUAAUAAGGUCUACCUUAAAACCUAUGGAGAGCACGUUGGCUUUCAUAUAUUCAUGGAUGCCAUCCUAUUGUCUCUCAUUCGCAAAGUGAAAAUGCCUGAUGUGGAAUUCUUUGUAAAUCUGGGUGACUGGCCUUUGGAGAAGAGAAAUCCUGGAAAGAACCUCCAUCCCAUCUUUUCCUGGUGUGGCUCCAAUGAAACCAGAGACAUUGUAAUGCCAACUUAUGACCUAACAGAAUCUGUCUUGGAGACCAUGGGCAGGGUGAGUCUGGACAUGAUGUCGGUUCAAGCCAACACUGGCCCUGCUUGGGAAGAUAAGAACAGCACAGCCUUCUGGAGAGGAAGGGACAGUCGGAAAGAGAGGCUGGAGCUGGUGAAACUGGCACGCCAGCACCCGCACUUGAUAGACGCCGCUUUCACCAACUUUUUCUUCUUUAAACAUGAUGAGCAACUUUAUGGCCCCCUAGUAAAACAGAUAUCAUUUUUUGACUUUUUCAAGUACAAAUAUCAACUCAACAUUGAUGGCACCGUUGCUGCGUACCGACUGCCAUACCUGCUGGCCAGUGACAGCGUCGUCUUAAAGCAGGACUCCAUCUACUAUGAACACUUCUACAAUGACUUGAGACCCUGGAUGCAUUACAUUCCUUUGAAAAGCGACUUGAGUGAUCUUCUGGAAAAGAUUCAGUGGGCAAAAGAAAAUGACGAGGAGGCCAAGAAAAUUGCCCAAAAUGCCCAGGAAUUUGCCAGAAGCAAUCUGAUGGGCGAUCACAUAUUCUGCUAUUACUUCUUGCUUUUCCAGGAAUAUGCCAGUUUACAAGUGAAUGAACCAAAGGUUAGAGAUGGGAUGGAAGUCGUGGAGCAGCCAAAGGACGACCUUUUCCCCUGUGCCUGUCCGACAGAGCUGAGUAAGGAUGAGCUGUAAUUCUGAAGAACUGGAGUACACUACGUGACAGGAACCAAGCCAAUGCUUGCCUUCAAGAGAGCAAGAGACUGGUGGAGAAGAAACCAUCUGGACAAAGUGCAGAGAGGAUCAAGAACUGAAGUUGGCACCAAAAAAAAAUUUACGUGACGAUGGGCGUAGGUGUCAGACAGAUGACAUGUUAAGUGAAGAUGAGGACUAAACGAAAAGAAGACUUAAAAAUAAGCAGAGCACGAGUGGGCCAGGAUGCAAUCUGAUCGUUUAUAGGUUUUAUACUGUAAUAAGGUUUUCAGUUUUUCUAUGUUUUGUAUUCAAUAAUAAAACAGUGCUUAGUA